CCCUCAUGCCCGUACGACUUCCUGUUUUCCUGAUUUAUAACCAUAUUAAAGCCACGCGUGUGUUCCACGAGUUACAUUUAGCGUGAUAAAUAUUCAUACCGGCUGAAAGGAGCUUUAAGUUACCCGGAUUGGUUUCACAACAGAAUAAAUACUGAUAGAGACUAACUGUGCUUGUUUGUGUUGCUAAGUUAGCAGUUAGCAUGUUCCUCGGAGUGAGGCAGUAAACAGCGGGUUAUAUGGAGAAUAUUCUCGAAACUUCGGUACAGAGAGACUCUGAGAGAGAAGUUAUUAUUGAAACGCCUGCGUCUGACAGUGACUCUGGCGACAGCUUGUUUUUGACCCAGUCUGUGACUUCAGCUUCGAGGACUGUUAAAAGACGCCGUCCAUCUAAUACACCGGAGUGUCGAUUCAGUCAAGAGUUGGAGGAUGAGCGAGAGAAAGAUGGCAGCCCAAACGCGCAGCAUGAAGACACAAGAUCGAAGAGUGACUCGGACAGUGAAACUAAUUAUGCUGACCUGGCUCAUAGAUGGAAGUUACUGGUUAAAAGUGAUCGUCUGCCUCACCCUCGCCCAAGGCGUCAGAAAGCACCUCGAAAGAGACUGGUGUUACCUUUCCUGAAGUCUGGGUCUCGACAGCGUUCUGUUUACAAAAGGCAAACUAUAGCGAAUUCAGAAAUCGGUGGAUUCUUUAAAUGCAUGUUGAAGCUCAAAAAAGGACACGGAGGAAAAAGAAGAGAACUGAGUCCAUCUAUGUUGCCUUCUGACUCGGAGCAAAACGAUAUGGAUGAGAACGAAGAUGAUGAGGAUAUUAGAAAAGUGGAUACAGAUUGCUUUAUUAUGAGCGCACACAAAAGAAACAGACAGACGUGGAUACAAUCCCUGAAAGGGAAAACAAGACGGGCUCCAAAAAAGUGCAAGGAGGAAAGCAAAAAAUGUCAAGAAGAGCAGACCAAGAAAUGCUAUCAAACCAGAAAAGUUGCUAAAGACCUGAACAAGUGUCAAGAUGACACAGAUGUACAUAAUGAGAGCAGCUCAGGUCAUAUAAAAGAGUCUCAGUCCAGGAAAAAGGGUGAGAAAAGGAGGAAAUCUCCUGCUAGGUGUUCUCCACAUUCUUCCCUUUCUGACGAGUCUCCUUUUGUUCGAAGUCUCUACGUGGAUAGUCAGGAGGAACACAGUGAGAACCAACCGCAAGUUCUAGUGACAUGCUCGCAAUCACAAUCCCUUGAUUGGCAUCAGGGCCAGAAAACCCGUCGAGCUUGCAAGAACUUGAUGGAACCAAUUGAUGAAAUGGCAGUUGAGGAGACGCAGUGGCCAAAUUCAGCAGACCAGGAUGAAGACGAAACCCAGAUUUUGGAGGACAGCCCUACGGACAGGGACAGAGGCGAAGAUGCACGCUGCUUGGAGAACAUCGCAUUCCGUGAACAUAAAGUACAAAAUGAGGAUAUCCAUGAAAGCGUAUGUCAUGAGCCAGUGGAAAAUGAAGACUUGGGUAGUGGAGGUUUCAGUGGCUCACAGGAUCUUUUUCUAGAACCAAAUAAUCAGGCAACUACUCCUUUAAAAGAGAUUAGAGUUGAAAACGAUAAGGAAGAAGGCUUAGAAAGCCGUGUGAUGCGACAUGACAUGAGUUCAGUAAUAAAGAAGAAAAAGAGACCUUCGUUAACCUUGGAAGAUGUGGAAGGCGACAAUGUUAAAUAUUCCAACUCUCAGACGACUCAACCGAGUGAAAUAAUUUCGCCACCAGCUGGAGAUGUAUGCCAAGAAAGAAAGGACAAAAAAACAUCAGAUGAUCGCACAGAACAUGCAUAUCCAUUACUGCCAUUAGAAAAUUGCACGUCAGGAUCGAGAGGAAAUGGUUACUCAAGUCCUCGUAGAGAUAUCCUCAUGGUCAGACAAGAAGAAAAGACAGAGACCCCAUUGUUUAGUUAUAGUGGGCUGAAAUUUCUGAAAAGGAAGAAAAGUAAAAAGACUGAAGUCUCUGAGAUCUCUAAUAACCUGGGCCUGAUACAAGUUGAUUCAGGUCGAAAUGCAGAACCAGCAGCUGGUUUCAAAGACAAUGUCAAGAAGAAAAAAAGAAAAAAAGAUGGGUUGUUGGAGGAACCAGUUGACAACCUGCCAGAAAACAGUGUUGACGCAGACUCAAGUCUAUCAUUUCAGGACUCUUCAGUGGUUUGUGUUUUAGCUGGUGGAAGCAAACCAAAGAAAAAGCGAAAAAAAGACAAACGUGGUCAACCAGUGGCUCAGGAAGAUGAACAGAUUGGUGUGGAGGAAGCUAUCCAGAUCCCCUGUCAAGGUUCUGCUUCUUUGGUGUCCAUCGCUGAGGAAACCGAGCAACUGAUCAGAACUGAUCUUUCUACUCCUAGCAAGAGUCAUGAGGUUAACCAACAGUUAGAGAGUAGUACAAAAGUUACACAACAUAAAGAACUUGUUCAAUCUGAUGGUCCUGAACCACGAAGGAAAAAGAAAAGGGAUUCAAGGCCUGUGUUGUCUGAUGGGAUGGUUAUUCCCCAAUGUAGUGAAGAGUCUCGUUUGAGCAAUGGUACCAAAACUGUAAUGAAAAAGAAGCAAAAGGCUAUAGAUAUUGAAGAAGGACAAGUAGGAGAGAUGGCUAUGGCUAGUAAGAAUCUUAGAGAACCUUUGGAGAAAAUCCCUGAAAUACCAGCAGGCAUAGAAAUCCAACCAGUGAAGAGUGUAGAUUUGAAGAUGGAGGACUCUGUAACUCCAAGAAAAAAGAAGAAGAAAAAAAGGAAGUGGCAAGAAUUGGUCAGGGAAGAAAAUGUGGACAUGGAGACAACAGAACAAGUAGAGACUCCAGAUACUACUCAAGAUUCUGCGCAGCAAGCAGUUGAGGUGGUUCCAGUGAGAAAGAAAAAGAAGAAAAAGGACAGAACUGAAACAUGUCAAAAAGAGGAGGCAUCUAAAAAUGCAGCCGUCUCUCUCGGACUUGGACUUUGCGAGAUGACAACAUCUAAUACUCCAAACUCCAGAUGUGAGAUUGGAGGGAUUGGUGAGCCAGAAGGUCUUGGUGGAUCAGAACCAGUGAAGAAGAAGAAAAAGAAGAAAAGGAAAGAGUUGGAAAAUGAUGGAUCAUGGUCGGUUUCUGGCUCACACGAUGCUGAAGAGACAACAGUGAUGAAAGAAGCUUCAUGCAGUGGAAGGAAACUUGGCGAAGAAAAUUCUGCACCAUGUAUAGAAAUGCAAUUAACAAAUGAUGCCAGUGAGAACAAGAAACACGCGAGGACCAAAGGUGAGAGUUCUGAAAGGAUCCAGCAAGUACUGCAAUCAGAAGAUACCAUAGAGCCUAAAGAGAAGAAGAAGAAGAAAAGAUGGGUAGAAACGGAUAUAGACGUGUAUCCUGAGAUUAUUGAACAUGACGUGUAUCAGGAGAACAGUUCUCCAUCAAAAACUUCAGAAGCAAUAAUUGAAAAGAAGAAGAAGAAAAAAAAGAAGAAAAAGGACAUCAUUGAUCCAGGUGAGACUGAGAGUUUAGAUGUUGUACCUGAAUUGAAUGCUGCGGAAGAACCAAGAGAUGUUUUAGUCCCAUGCCAUGUGAAAGAGGACAGUAUUUCAUCCUCAGGGGGUGAAUUAUUAACACGUAUGAAGAAAAAGAAGCGAGUAAGAGACUCGGAUAACGAUCUAGAGACACCAGUUGGAACUGAGCAAGUCACUGUCUCUGGUGAAUCAAAUCAAUGUUCGCAGCCCCACCAUGCAAAGAAGAAAAAUAAGAAAAAGAAAAAUCAUCUGUAAUGAAUUUUUUUUUUUUUUACACUUCAAAAUAUAAGUUGUUCUUAUCCCUGAUGAUGGAGUAGGACUUUAACAGAACCAUUUACCUCAAACUUUUUAUAGAUGUAUUUAAUAUGGUGAAACAUCCAUGAAACCAUUUCAUUCCUGGGGUCACUUAUAAACAUUUCCCUCACCAGGAUUGCUGGGUCUCUCUCUCUCUCUCUCUCUCUCUCUCUCUCUCUCUCUCUGUGUGUGUUGAAGGUUAUAAGACAAAAAAGGCAGCUUGUCACGUUACUAAGAAACUACAAAGCCCUCCAUCCUUCAGUCUUUCCCCAUGUAGUAAAACGUAAACCAGUGAGAAUCGAAAAUUCCACAGUGCUGUGAUAUGAAUGUAAUGUAAUAAAGCUUAAGAAGAUCUAGGUGUUCGAAAAUGUUUGAUUGGUAAUGUCUAGCUCCAUCUUUUUUGUUUAAAUCUAAAUUAUUUUUUUAUAUCCAUGGAAUUAUUUAAAACCUUUUUUUAUAAUAAAUUAUUUUUGUAUUGAACCUUCUCAAGUAAACUGCUUUCACUGAGUCAGUAACUUAAAUCCCAGCAUUUUAUUCAUUAAGGGCCCGGUCCUACAACACCUACAACUAUGCCGCUGCUUGAACUUAGUUCCAGUCUGGAGCCGUCACACCACAACUAUAAUCCCGACUAUAAUAUCGGUUGGUCCUGACACUCAAGGAAAUAAAUCCAUGCAAUUUAGGAAUAGUCAUGGAGGUUGUUUUUUUUUUUUUCCAAGUAGUAGCACAUUAUUCUGGGUCAUACUGUACAGCUUGGACUUCGAAACAACCCAUGCACACAUUCCGGUGGUUGAUAUAAUACGCAUAGGUCGUAGAUUAUGGAAAUGUAAUGAAGGUUACAAGAUACAGAGUGGUUACGGAUGCAUCAUGGAUGCUAAUGAUUUACGGAUUGGUCAGAGAUGUUUCAGUGUAUUACAGAUUGGUUACGGAUGAUGCAUCACGGAUUAAAAAAAAAAAUUAAGUUUAAAACAAAUGUUUGGACGACCGAAGUUCAUCAUUAAAAUAUCUUAUCUGCAUUUAUAUGUUUACUUCAUUAAUUUACUAUUGAUAAUUCAUGGAAGAUCACGUAUAUAAUUAAUUUGUUUUUGUUUCCUGUGAAUCCGUAUUCCAUGACUUCAUGCUACAAUAAGGAUGUAUAAAGAUGCCUGGGGAAAAUAGCACGUGCUCAGACAACGUCAUGUAAACAGUCACCUGAUUGGUCAGAUGUUUUAUCGGAUCAGGUCCAGGCCUGGAAAAAUGGCUCCAGAAGCAAUCUCACUGAUGCGGAUAAACCCAGGCCUGGGCUAUAGGGAUCGUUAUCCGUCUGGUGUGACUAUCAGCCAUGUAAACUGCAGGGGACCAAUUUAUUUAUGGUUACUGGUAUUAUGGGACCGGGCCUUAACUGCUGCAAACUUUUUUUUUUUUUCUUUUUUUUUUUUGUAAGUCUGUCAUCCUGAUGCAUUGUUUAAUGAUGCUGUGUUUCUUCUUAAUUAUUAAUCUGAAGAGGGGAAGUGUCUCCCUCAUCUGGUACAUAAGGUGUACAUACAUACAACCCUAAUUCCAAAAAAGGUGGGACACUGUAAAACAUAAAUAAAAGCAGAAUGUGAAGAUUAUCAAAUCAUGGAAACCCUACCUUUCAUUAAAAAUAGUACAAAGACAUGUCUCAUGUUGAAACGGAGAAAUUUUGUUUUUUGAAAAAUAUAUGCUCAUUUUGAAUUUGAUGUCAGUAUCACCUCUACUUUUAACAACACUCUGUAAACGUUUGGGAUCUGAGGAGACCAGUCGCUGUAGUUACCUCGCCCGGGACGGAGUCCACCAGGGGGCGAGGUAUUGUUUUCAGUAGGGGUUUUUUUUUGUUUGUUUGUUUGUUUGGUGAGCAAUGUUAUGGGAGAACCGCUGGACCAAUCUUCAUGAAACUUUCAGGAUAGAUGGGUGUUAGUCUCAAAUACAUCCUCCAAUAUUUUGAGGGUCAUCCGGUCAAGGUUACCAAAAAGCUCAAUCAUUUUUUUCACGAUUUUCUUUUGUAUUCAUCAUAUUUUACUUCAAACCAAUUCCAAAAUGUUCAUCUUUUCAAAUCUGCUUCCAUUGAUACGCUGCAUGAUGGGGUAUCUCUCAUAGUUUUCUUAGCGGUUAGGGGUCAAAUGUCGGGGGGGGGGGGGUCAAGGUCAUUGCUAAAAAUUAUAUAUUUUCCAUUUUAACACACAAAGGGUGAGAGAGAUGUUGAUCAUUAUCAACAUAUAGGAAGUCAUAUGGGCUUUCAUUUGGCACCAUGACCUUUUGACCUUGUCUGUUUGUGUACGUCUGUUAACAAUCUAGCGUCUAGACGGUUGCACCGAUUGACUUCAAAUUUUCAGGGUAGGUGGGCAAUGGUCCGUAGAUCACCUGAUUAAAUUUUGGGGGUAAUCGGGUCAAGGUCACUGGAAAGGUCAACCUUUCGGUCAAAAUAACAUUUUCCAUUAUAACUCAAAAACAGUUGCCGAGAGACAAAUGUUUACUAUUAUGAGCACCCAUAUGGCACCAUGAUCUGUGACCUUGAAAGGUCAAGGUCAUGGAUUUUCAGAGGGCUAUAACUUAAACGGUUGAUGGUAGACAGAUGUUUACCUUUAUCAACUUGUAGGAAGUGCCAUAUGGGCUUUCAUUUGGCACCAUGAUCUGUGACUUUGAAAUGCCAAACUCGGGGUCAAAGGGCUAUAACCUGACAGCUGAUGAUUGAGAAAUAUUACCAUUAUCAACAUGUAGGUAUAAAGUAAGUGCUGCCGGGCGAGGUUUGUUUUGCCUGGCAACACUUGUUUUGAAAGAGAAAUGAUGUCCCGUUCUUGCCUGAUAUACAAUUUCUGUUGCUCAACAAUUCAGGAUCUGCUUUGUCGUAUUUUGCGCUUCAUAAUGCGGCAAAUAUUUGGUACAAAUGGAUUUAUGAUUUACAAGGGGAUGUCAAAGGUUUCUGGCUGCCGAAGGAAACUCAGUGUUGUCUUCCUGAGCACUAGGACCUGAAUUUAGCGAGUACUGACUGCUAAACACCUUAAUAAAAAGUGGACCUCUGUAUUUUAAAAAAAAGUAUGUAAUAAGUGACACCACCUUUUGUAGCUGCUUUUGUUUUUAAUGUUUAUCUGUACUUUUAUAUAUAUUGCCUAAACUAUUCUUGAACUUAAGUACAUUUUUCUUUAAGUAUUUCCUGUUUUUUUUGUUGUUGUUUGUUUUUGGGGGGGUUCCAUUUAGAAACAUAUUAAUAUGCCUGAUUUGUUGUUGUUGUUGUUGAAGUCAACUUGCCUCAGAUUGCAGUGCUUGCCAAGUCAAGUCAUAUGACACCUCCAAGCAUUCAUCGAGCAAAGUUCACACAUGCUCAUACUGGAACAGGUCCUGGGAUGGUGGCAAGCGAGCUUCCCCAGGAGGAUAUUGGGUGGGGAGAAUUUUUUUUUUUUUUUUUUAAAGGGUGUGUUAAUAACUGGAAUGCUGCUUCUGCUUCUGAGGCCUUCAUUUUCUCAUGGGGAUUAAUAAAAAAAUAAAUCAGGUUUCAACAAAAAUGAUAAACUCUGUUCAUUACUUAGUAUUUUAUUUAUUACUUCAUCCCGCUUGAAUUUUGGAGGUAGUAUGACUUUAAGACCUGGGUUACAGUACAUUUCUUCUAUGUUGUUCCAAAGCAAGGCUUUUAUUACCACCAUGUUUAACAAGGCUGUGUUUACAACCAAGUCUUGGGCACUUUAAAGGGACUUUUAAGGUGUCUCAUAUACAGUACCAGUCAAAAGUGUAGACACACCUUCUAGUUCAAUGUUUAUUUUUAUUAAUUAAAAGUAACUUCAUGUCUUAAAGUAACAAUGGAUGUCGUUUCUCUUUACUUAGUUGAGUGGUUCGUGACAUAAUAUGGAUUACUACAGCUGUAGAUGGAAUAGGGCUAUUUAGGCAAGGCAAGUUUAUUUAUAGAGCACAUUUCAUACACAGUGGCAGUUCAAUGUGCUUUACAGAGGUAAAAGCAAAACAGUAAACAAUAGAAAAUAAAAU